GGCUUUAGAGACAACAAAAGAUUUCAUGUCGCAAAUCUAAAGAUUUCCACUAAUAAGUUUCAACACAUUUAUGUUUGAGUUUAAGUUGCUUUGAUAUGAAAACAAACUAUGAAUGAUUGUUGUAUUUUGUUUAACUAUUAAGAUUUCAUAGUCACAAUGCCUACGGUAAUAUUAAUGGAUGUUUCGCUAUCAAUGUCGCGGCCUGUAGCGACUUCUGACACUACAGAGACUCAUACCCGGCAUACGAUAGGAACAGCGGCUGUGAAUACAUUUUUGGAUUAUUUAGGCAAUCAUGCUAAACUGGAAUAUGUGGCAUUGGUCACAUUCUCAUCUGUGUACGAAGUGGCUGUCCCUUUUACUCGAGACUUUGAUAGUAUACGCAGUAAGCUGUUAUCAUUGGAAGAAGGAGAUAAAACCUGUAUAGAUACUGCCUUCCUUGGUGUGAACCAGUUGGUACUCAAUGAGUGGGGAGGCUGCCAAACACCAGUGCAGAUUAUACUGAUAACAGAUGGUAGCAGUGGGGUUGGGGCAAUUGGCAGAAACCGGAUGGUGCAAGCUCUGCCUUUGCCCCCUACUUAUCCAGCAAAAAUACAUGUUUUACCAAUAGCCUCCCCCCAUGAUCCAUGCCUACAGCAUGCAAUGCCUCUCUACCAGAAAAUAGUAGAUCUAGCCAAUAACACUACUAGUAACUCUAAUGGGAAUAUGUCUCGGGGCUCCAUUUACUGUCCUGACCAACUUACCGUCCCUGGAGUAAUAACAGCAAUGACACGCCUUUGUGAACAACACUACCAAGAGUUUUGGUGCACUCUCAAAUGUGGCCAACUAGAAGCUCGUGUUCAACUGUUCCCAGCGCCACAAACUGUCACCCUUGAAGAAUUGGCUGCUACAUACACCUUGGCCAAUCAAAUACAUGUUAUUGGGUUUCUACAGCAACAAGAACUUAGUACUCCUAUAGCCAUAAGCAAACACUUGAUAAUACCGCAGGCCCAAGCAUGUGCCAAUUCAGCACCCAGGGAAAAUUAUGGCUCUAAAACCCCAACUAAGGAAGGAUCAAGCACAGACGGUUCAGCUACAGAAGAGGAUAUGUCAGACCCCAGCAAAGUUCCUAAUUUUUGUGUCUUACUCCAUGGAGCCCUCAAAGUGGAAAGUAUGGCGGCGGUGGUACUCUUGGGCGCCGACUGGUGGGGCACGCUGACGGCGUCGUGCGAGGCGUCCCGCGGCCGCCGCUCCUGCUUGCUGCUCAGUGUGAUGAAGCCCGGGGCUUCAGCCGCGCCCUGGCUCGGGGCACUCGACCAACUGGGACCAGCAGAAGAAGGAACUACACCUGCGGAAACAUUCCCCAUACGUUCGUGGCGUUCAUACAGUAGCGGGGGCUCAGCGUGCGCGUGGGCACGGCCUCAUGCUCUGCUCGCCGAUGUACAGAAAGUGCUGCGACAUGCUAGGAAACUGCCAGACAAGACACAGCAUCUUUUUAAGGAACUGAACAGACUGCGUCGAGCAGCCAUUUCCCUUGGCUUUUCUGAACUACUGACAGCGAUCGGUAACGCCUUGGAACGCGAAUGCACAGCUUUGCCGCCAACAGCGCCGUCGGAAUGCGCGCUACAACUCGCUCACGCCGCAAACGCCCUGCGAGAUCCGAGAACAGCGCUAGAUAUCAAACACACAUUAACACCACUAGGCCCCAAUUAUAAUGUUCCUAUGACCCAUUAGGAUAACCUGGUGCUUCAAUAUUGAUACAAUGAGUCAGGAACUCAAAACUGCAACAUAAAUCAGAUUCAUGUUAUAUCGUUCACAUUUUGAAAAAGGAAUACAAGUUUAGUACAUGGUAGCGAUAGCCCGGUAUAUCAUGAAUUGAAUAAGAUGUUUAGUUUUAAGUAUACAUAAUUUGGAAAUAAUAAAGUAUUUUAAGGUAACGAUAA